UUUGCUAUAUCUAUACACGGCUCUCCUUAUGGACUGUGGCUCCGCUCUACCAUGUUCUCUUGCCGGGCGGCUUCAACAUGCAAUCAGCCCUUUCUUGACAGCUCCCAGAGCUUGACAACGACAGAUACUGAGAUACAGGAGGUCACAGAACACACUAUCAAGAUGGCUUCUAAUGCUCGUGCAUGUCAAUAGUAGACUUCUUGGAUCCGGAACAUCUACCUCUAAACUUCUAUCUAGCGCCACCGCAAGGCAUCAUCCCCCUCCUCGCGCGACAGCUCUGUAUCCUCAGCCAGUCCCAGCCUUUGACAUCACCCUCCGACCCCUCGCACUAACACCACCUCUUUCCGAGGAUCUUCAAUUGAUGCCGCUGCGCCGACAUCAUAACUCACCUUCCAUCAUGCACACCCGCGCAACCCAAACCUUCGUGCCAGACACGUUCCAGACAACAGCAUCAUCCCAUGUCCCAAUAUACCGUCCCGUGCAAGGGCAUUGUUGCCUACUCCGAGCAUGACUGGAAGUUCGAAGACCUCCUCACUCGUGAGCCCCAUGAAGAUGAAUUCAUGGUCGAAAUGAUCGCCACCGGCGUCUGCCAUACCGACAUCUCAGGUUAUGGAGGCAUAUAUCCGCGCGUACUGGGCCAUGAAGGCGCCGGCCGUAUCCUCCGCCUCGGCUCCAAGUCUCUCGAAAAGAACUUCAAGCCAGGCGACCUCGUCAUCCUCUCCGCCGCCUCCUGCCAGUCUUGCCACUACUGCACCACCGGCCACCCAGCCUACUGCACCUCCCACGCCGCCGUAACCCUCCACGCCAACGACCCAAACUUCGUCCUCGCCGCCGACCCCUCCCGCGUCAUCGGCGGCGGCUACUUCGGCCAAUCCUCCUUCGCCUCGCCCACCCCCGUCAAAGCCACCUGCGCCGCAAACGUCUCCGCCCUCGUCCGCAACGCCCACGACCUCAUCGCCUACGCGCCCCUGGGCUGCGGCAUCAUGACCGGCGCCGGCGCAAUCACACACGUUGCCCGCUGCACCCCGUCCGAUGUGCUCGCCGUCGUCGGCCUGGGCGGCGUCGGUCUAGCCGCCAUCUGCGCCGCCAAACAUCUAGGUGUCCAGACCAUCAUCGCGGCAGAUCUGGUGCCGGCGCGCGUCGAGCUGGCACGUACGCUAGGCGCAACACAUGGCCUACAUUCGGCGCCUGCGGAACUGGAGGCGCGCGGGACGGAUUUGCAGGGUGCGAUUCGGGCGCUUACGCCGGGUGGGCGGGGUGCGACGCAUGUGCUGGAUACGAGUCCGAGUGUGGUGGUGCUGGGCGCGUGUCUGGAGGCCGUGGCGAAUAAUGGGACGGUGCUGCAGGUGGGUGUCAAGCCCGUUGGGGCGAGGCUGGAGUUGGAUACGCUGGCGCAUAUGGUACAUGGGCGGCGGCUUGUGGGUGUGAUUGAGGGGGAUCGAGAUCCGGUGGAGGCGUUGCCGGAGCUGGUGCGGUGGUGUAAGGAGGGGUUCCUGCCGGUGGAGAAACUGUUGCGGAAUUAUCCGGUUGGGGAGUUUGCGGCGGCGAGGGAGGCGAUGGAGAAGGGGGAGGUUAUCAAGGGGGUCUUGGUGUGGUAG